AGACUCUUUGCAGAUGUACAAGCUGUGCGUCUGGAUUGGGAUUGUAUAUGCAUAAAGCUAGCCUUUGAUUUAAUUGGAUCACCUGGUACAGUGGGGAGAUAAACUUGGAUCAUUUCAGGUGUCUUUUUCCCUACUCAGGAGUAGGUAUGUGGAUGGGAACAGGUUGCUGACCUUUGGACAGCUGAAGGUGAAGUUGCUGCAGAAGUUAAGGUCUCGGGCAGGGGUACGGGACAGGUGUACCAGGAUAGAUUGGAAAAUAUUUGCUUUAGUUAGGUCAGAUUGGCUAGCAACCUUCUGGCGGAUGCUUCCACCUCUAGUGUACACUUUGGCUCGCUUGCGUGACUCUCCUGGGGGAAUUUGCUCGGAGGGCUCCUGCUUCUGCAGUGAGUCUGGACGAGAAGGUCUUUCAACCCCUUCCUGCAAGGGCAGGGGGGAAUAUUUGCUGUCCCUACAGGCUGCGAUUACACGUUUGAGCAACCAGGAGGCUGCAGUCCUUUUCCAUGCAGCGGUGCAGCUGACACUUGGAUUCUGUGGACAUGUUUACCCUGCUUAGCACUGUGUCUUCCAUGGGUGCUUCAGUGUGAGAGCGGCGAGGGCCUUCGGAGACUAUCUCUCGCAAAACCACCCCGAAGGCAGGAAUGGUUCAGAUCACUUGCUGGCAGAGACUUACGUGGGGCCGGAGGACUCCCCGGAGAUGCACCAGGCGGCGCAGAACAAGCGACGCCUCUCCCUCCUUUCUGACGGCAAGUUUGAACGGAGUUUCUCGGAGGAGCACGGUGAGAGAGAGCUGGCGGGAGAGGGCCCCAAGUCGCGGGUCUACACCAUCUCUGGGGAGAGGCCCAUGCUCUCCCAGCACCAGAGCGAGAGCAUGGAGCUGGUGGUCAUCAAAGGCGCCGAGGCAGAGGAGGAGGAGGAAGAGGAAGAGCACUCCCUGGGACAGCCCUUGCAGAACGCCGGCAGUUCCCACAACAUCAGUGACCCCUGCAAAAGCGGGUGGGCGGCCAGCCGGCAGGUCACCAAGGACUGCCCCGGCUGCACUCAGUUGGCGGCCCCUUCCCAGCAUGCCUUUGGCCUGGAAGAGCCUCACCACCAUCACCACCACCACCACCACCAUCACCAUCACCAGACUGGCGAGAGCGGCUGGCGCCGGAAGAAGCUGGAGAGGAUGUAUAGCAUCGACCGCGUGUCAGACGACGUUCCCAUCCGGACUUGGUUCCCCAAGGAGAAUCUCUUCACGUUCCAAACAGCUACCACAACUAUGCAAGCGGCAUUCAGGGGCUACGCGGAGAGGAAGAGGCGGAAGCGGGAGAAUGAUUCUGCGGCCCUGAUCCAGAGAAACUUCAGGAAACAUCUCCGGAUGGUCGGGAGCCGACGCAUGAAGGCACAGACCUUUGCCGAGCGGCGAGAGAGGAGCUUCAGCCGAUCCUGGAGCGACCCCACUCCUAUUAAACCUGAAAACCUCAAUGAUUCCCGAGAAAGCCAUGAGCUCCAGGACUCCUGCUGUGCGCUCGACAAGGGCGUUGACUUGAACUGGGAGGCGGAGAAAGAGCUUGAAGCAGCGGCCUGCAGUGGGGAGGACUUCAUCCCGCCCAAGAUCAUGCUCAUUUCCUCCAAGGUGCCCAAAGCGGAAUACGUCCCGACAAUCAUCCGCCGGGACGACUCCUCCAUCAUCCCCAUUCUCUACGAUCACGAGCACGCCACUUUCGACGACAUCCUGGAGGAAAUCGAGAAGAAGCUGGAUGUCUAUCGGAAAGGCUGCAAAAUCUGGAAGAUGCUGAUUUUCUGCCAGGGCGGUCCGGGUCACUUGUACCUCCUGAAGAACAAAGUGGCCACCUUUGCAAAAGUGGAGAAGGAAGAAGACAUGAUCUACUUCUGGAAGCGGCUGGGCCACCUGAUGAGCAAGCUGAACCCCGAGCCAAACGUCAUUCACAUCAUGGGGUGCUACGUGCUGGGAAACCACAACGGGGAGAAGCUGUUCCAAAACCUGAAGAACCUGAUGUCCCCCUGCCGAGUGACCUUUGAAUCUCCACUUGAACUCUCUGCUCAAGGGAAGCAAAUGAUUGAAACCUACUUUGAUUUCCGCCUCUACCGCCUCUGGAAGACCCGCCAGCACUCCAAGCUGCUGGAUUAUGACGACAUCUUGUGAGGCCCGCCGGAGUGAAGCGCUGAAAGCGGUCGGCUUUAUUGGAUCCCCAGUGACCAAGCUCCGUGCAGAGAGAGACCUUUUCCACGGGCACGGGGAGGCCUCGGGUGUGUGGUGGUGGCGCCACGGAGCUGAACAGGAGCAUGGCCGGGGUGCCCACGGAGGGGGGGCGGCCUGCUAUCUCGGGCGUGGCCUAGCCCAGCAGGAGCGUCUGGUGGCGGGAGCGCUGUGGAACGGGACAGGAUGCGAGAGCCUCGUGGAACUGAGCUGAUGUCAAUCACAAAGGGCCAAACUCAACUUCAGGUCCUUUAAAAAAAAAAAAAGGACACUUAGAGCUCAGGUUUUCUUAACAACAAAAAGCGGACUUGUUUGUUUGUUUUUUUGUUCUUUUGCGCGAUUGGAGAAUUGGGGGCAUCUGUGUGAAGCACCCUCCCCUUUCCUUUGGAACGCCUCACUCAACUCUCGUACUUUGGGCGUCAGGAUGCGAAACCAUCGCGCCGAUUGGAGGAUUCCAGAUUUUAAAAAACCAAUCUCAAUUUGACUAGGGGAACGAAAUAAGUGCAAUUUUUAUAUUGACUAGAGGGAAUACUUAAUUAGCUCUCGAGACACACACACACACACACACCAGUAACCAAUAGAUGAGAUAUAUUUUGGUCUGCCUGAAAAUAUAUUUGGAAUAGUAAUAUAUCUUCUGUAGACAUAUAUAUAUAUAUAUGUAAUCACCAGCAGGUUGAUUCUUCACGUGCUUUUCUCGCAGACCUGCACGUCUGCAGUGUUUUUUGGUUUGGAUUCCUGACGAUCCUGAGAUGGGGGUGUUGGGGAGCGGGGGACACUUUACCUGUCUGUUUUCCCCUUCGGAAUGUAGCGGUCGGAUCCAUUGAAGGAACAGCCGCCUUUGCAGCUUGGCAAACCUUUGUGUUUCGCCGACCGUUUUUCGUUUAGAAACGCGGCGACGUGGCCAUUCUCAGUCCGUCCUCGCAAAUAUAUAUCAGCAACUAGAAACCAAUAGCCAUGCGUAAAAGACUCUCUUGUGCUGCAUUUAACUUUGCUGUCUCCCUUCUUUGUGUUGAAAGACGGACUUUGAUUCCAUGGUAGCCGUGCAGAGCUGAGGGUGUUAGCCGCAGUGGCUCGAUUUGGGGGAAUCUUCUGUUUGCACGGAGCAUUCCGUGGCCACGCAGGGAUGGGGUUCUCCAUCCUGCCCUCCCAUUUCCCCUUGGCAUGGAGAGGAAAAUUUGCCAGUGAUGUAUUGCUAGAGUUAGCCAACUCGCUAUGUGGUGGUGGUUUGCAGAUGUCCACGGUUGGGCAACCCAGAGCUGUACUUACUACCUUCUUGGAGGAAAGACUUUGAAAUGGCUACGUUCAAUUUAUUUAGUCUCCUCACUGUUCAGAUGAGGAGAGGAGGCUGGGCUCUCUGAAGGAGAUCUGGUCUUCCUGGUGGCUUGGGAUGGAUUGUCCCGUUCUUUCCAAGAACUUUGGUUUCAACUAAGAUAGGGAAGUGAAAACAAGUGACGACCCCAUGUUCUCUGUUUGGAUGGUGCUCUCUGUCCUGCUGUUCUGAAUGUCAACCCCCAGGUAGCGGAACCCUCCAUCUUUAUUGUCUGUCUACAGACCCUGCCUCUGUCGCUGAAUUGGAGAGAAAACGACACAUUUCUCUCUCUAUCAUUCACAGUGUUUGGCCCUCUUUCUUUUUUUUAAUUCAAAGCUGACAUUUCAGCUUGUGGAAUUUUCCCAUUUUUAAACUCAAAAGUCCAUUUUUCUGGACACUUGCUUUGCUCUCUCCAAAAACAGAACCCAACCCCCCCCCCUUUUGGGGGGCAGGGGAGAGCUGAAUCUGUAUAGCAGCUGUUCCCAAUACUAUGUCUUUCUCUGAAGCCCUUAAAUCCAAUAGAAUAGAGAGGAGAGCUGGUCUUGUGGUAGCAAGCAUGACUUGUCCCCUUAGCUAAGCAGGGUCUGCCUUGGUUGCAUAUGAAAGGGAGACUAGAAGUGUGAGCACUGUAAGAUAUUCCCUUCAGGGGAUAGAGCCGCUCUGGGAAGAGCAGAAGGUUCCCAGUUCCCUCUCUGGCUACUCCAAGAUAGGGCUGAGAGAGAUUCCUGCCUACAACCUUGGAGAAGCUGCUGCCAGUCUGUGAAGACAAGACUGAGCUAGAUGGACCAAGGGUCUGACAAGGUAUGUGGCAGCUUCCUAGGUUCCUAUCUUUGCUAUAUCUGCCUCUUUGCCAGCAAGCUGUCCAACUUGGGGCGGUCUUGGGGAGGAGAGCUGGUCUUGUGGUAGCAAGCAUGAAUUGUCCCCAGGAUCUGCCUCGGUUUGCAUUUGAAUGGGAGACUGCAGGUGUGAGCACUGUAAGAUGUUCCCCUUAAGGGUUGGGGCUGAAGCUCAGUGGAAGAGCAUCUGCUUGCAUGCAGAAGGUUCACUCCCUGGCUGUGUCCCUAGGUGGGUUUGGGAGCGACUCCUGCCUGAAACCCUGGAGUCAGUGUAAACAAUACUGUCCCCUGUUAACUGAGCAAAGAGGCACCUUUUUCAAAGUGGUGACUCUCUUCCUUUAGCAGUGGGGAGAGCAACUGGCCUUAUCUAUCCCCAGCACAGCAUCCCUCCAGUGGCUGCUGGUGCUAUCUAUCUCAUAGAUCUUUUUUUAAUCUUGUGAGCCCUUUGGGGACAGGGAGCCAUUUUAUUUAUUUAUAUCGGUGUAAACUGCUUUGGGAACUUUGGUUGAAGAGCGAUCUAUAGAUAUUUGUCGUAUUUGUAUAAUAAGCUAGACGGACGAGGGUCUGACUUGGUGUAAGGCAACUUCCUGUGCGCCUAACAGCAUCCUUCACUGGGACGGGAUGCAAAAUUCCAAGUAGGAGAGAUGUGUGGAUAUUUGCACAGCAGCCCCAUGCAGAAAACCUGAGAUGUUCCCCACCCUUCGCUGAAAAUUUAGUUUCAGCUCUGGGUGUAGCGAGUCGUGCACAGUUGCUGAAAAUAGCCACGUGAGAAUGAAUUCAUUUUGGCAAAGCUAACGUUUCCCCGUGGCAGGUUUGCUCGUUGGUUUUUUGUGAGUGUGGACACAGCUGUUGAACGGAGAAGAGUACAAGUUUUCUGUAACGUGGGUCAGUGCGGCUGUCUGCUCUCCGCCGUGCCACUGGGGGGCACUAGAUGCUUUCUCCCGUGGUGUGCAGACACGGGCGCUUCAGAGAGAUACGGUAGCAAAAGUUUGGCCAGUUUUUUCAGUGUGACAUUGUAUGUGAGGCUUGUCGUGCACAGAGAUAACCACCGCGUACGAGGAAGCAUGUUCAGAGUCACUGCUGCAGUCGGACUGAGCUGGAAAUUCUCCUCCGAGAACUUUUAGCUCUAAUUUUGGAGGGAUUGGGCAGAAGUGGGGAGCGGGCCGGGGGUCUGAAGCUUGCUUGCCUUUUCCCCUCUCCACCAAUGGCUGUGCCAAUUUCAUGGCAACAGCAGCAGCCAUCUUCCCGGUGGGCAGCAGCUGCUGUUUUUCUCCCAGAUGUCAUUCCCAUGGGCAUUCUGGGAGGUAAAAUUGGCUCCGUUUGCAGUACGGUGCACAUAUGUGUGUUUUUAAGAAGUGAAAUCCUGGUUGGACACACAGUGCGCAUGGCCGAUUUGUGUACUAAAAUACAUACAUAAAGAAUUGUCCUGGAUCAGGCCAGAGGUCUCUUGUGUUCGGGUCUUCGUCUCCAGACAGCGGCCACCCGAGUGGGAAGGAGGGAAGUCUAUAAGCAGGGCAAGAUGGGAGAUAAUCAAUCCCUAUUGCUCUACUUUGGCACCUGAGACGCUGCUAAAUUACAGCUCCCGUGAUCCUCAGCCACAGUGGUCAAGGGUCUGACUUCAAGAGCUUUCAGACCCAAGGUCGUUGUGUCUGGGGAUGGUGCGGGUUGUAGUCCAGCAACAUCUGGGGACCCAAAGUUGGGACCAUCUGCCUGUUGGUUCUCUGCAACAUCUGGACAUGCAUUGUAGCCUGCCUUUGAACAGAGAGGUUCUAUUUUCAAUCUCUCAAUGACUGCUGGCCCAAUCUUCUAAUUCUGCCCAGUCUCAGAGCCGUCUCCUCUAGCAGGUUUUGCAACAUCUGGUGGCAAUGUUGAUUAUGCAUGGCACUCUCGGUUCCCCCCAACAUCUCCAUGAAGGAAAAAGGCGCAAACGGACUGAGUCUUCGAUGCUGCCCUUGGUGUGCGUUGUGGAAUUUUGUAAUUAGAAGGGUCCGGGGGAAGCCAAUGUUUUUCUCAAUGACCUUCAAGGAGAGGGGACAUCCAUGACCCACCUGUCGGGCACUCAUGUGCAGCUGUCCUUGCAGCCGGAAAGUGUUUCCUUACGUUUUAAACCUGAUCUACCUCCCUGUAUUUCAAAGCCAUGGCUCCUGGUCUCGGUCUCAGUAGAGGGGAUGAGGGGGUGUUCCUCCUCCUCCUCCUCCUCCAUGCUGGCAUCCUCUCACCCCCCCCCCACCUUAACCUUCUGCUCUCUGGGCCAAGCAUACCUGGUUCCUUCCGGCUGACCUCUUAUCACGUGUCCCUUCUCCCAUGGUCUAGCUUCCCAGGGCUGAACAGAGGAUUCCCAAAAACUUCUUUCCCCUUGACUAUGUGUAUUCCACUUCUCUGUCCUUGCAUGCUGGGUCUCCCGUGCAUUGCAUUUCAAAGGGGCAAAGUCUCUUGUCUUGGAGGCUUGAGCUUUGUGACAAUUCUGAAGUUGGGGAGGGGUGCAGGGGUUGCUGAGCGUGACUCCCAGGCGUUGGGGAGGGGCAGCCUCAGUGGGCAUGGCUCCUUCUCUUUCCUUGUGACCAGCAAAACCAGAGUAUGCUUUACACAGACACUGGCAAGUUCGCAGGAAUGUUCUCUUUGUGUGUGUGUUUGUACAGUGUGCAGAAGCCAGCUUUCCUUGGAGCAGGCCCGGAGUUCCCUCGGUGCAGAACAGAUUUUUAUUUUGCUAGUGCAAAAUUCACAAAUAUUCAGUCCUCCAGUGCUGAGAAUAUGUUUUGUACGAGCCUUGCAUCUUUCCUGGAAGCACUGCUUUCUCUUUAUCCACUGCUGAAUAUGUUUUAUUUAAUAACCGUAAUAAGGUCUAUGAUUUAGAUGUCAUAUUUAAAACAAACAAACAAAAACCCAAGUGUUUUCCAUAGAUAAGAUGGAAAGCCCAGCCUGCAAGCUCUCCAUUUUGGGGAAUGGGAAAUUAUAUCAUCUUUCUUCCAAAUAAAUCCAAAGUGGUUCACAACACUCAUCAAAUGUUCAACAGAAGGCAUUCAAAAGAACAUUCCGUUCCAGCAAGUUUAAAAACCAAGCUCAAACACACCAGCUUGAAGCAAAGAAACGCUCCCGAUUUAGAACCAAAUGAAGUCGCAGGGGGCAGUUCAGGAACUCUCCUAAGGAAGCCAGUGCUUCAUCUGCCUCCUGAUAGCUCCAGCUUUCUAUUCCACAAAGGCGUGUGCAGGAUGCUUGAUCCUCCUCGGGUACCACCGCCCAGGCCCCCGAUGAUGUGAACCCAGGACAACUGCUGUCGUCCCGAGGCUUUGGACACUGGUAGGAAUGAACCUGAAGGACCUCCGAACAUUGUUGGUGCCCCAGGGUGGACGUGAGUGCUUGCCUCCCGCUGCCGUCCCGGCAGGCCUCUGGUGAAUUUCCACCAGCGACAUUCACAGCGGGGCUACCGGAUUUGUGUAGAAUAUUCUCUUACCAAGACGGAACAAAAAGAGAGAGAGACGAUUCUUCGCAGCUACAUCUCACGGGGGUGGGUGGGGUGGAGAUUAGACAGAGCAUUGCUUCCGCACGUCGUCGUUCCCAUCCUGGGAGCGCUGUGCUAAAUCUGCACCAGCCGCCAUACACAGCUGUGUGGAUCAAGCUUGCUCAGGAGAUGGUUCCCAGCUCCAGUCCACUGCUCCGAAGAAAUUCCGUGUCCUUCAGACAUGGAGAGCUACACUCUGGCUGCAUCAGAUCGUGGUCUGUCCAAAUGAGCUGCUGGUACUCCAAGGUACCAAGGAAUCUUUCGUCGUCCCGCCACAGGAUAAGCUGGGCGUCGAACCGGAGGUUUCCUGUGUGCAAAAACAUGUACUCCGCUGCUCAGUGGUGGCUCAAGAUCUCGGGGGCCCUGAGACACAUGCCCAGAGCUGCCAGCUCUUUCUCUGUGGCAGCAAUAUCCACAAGGUGGAUGGAGCCGAAAGGGAAGUGUCGAAAAAGCAAUGGAGUGCUGGUGAUACUCUGUAGAGGGAGGCACAGGAGGGGAUACAGGGAGGUGGGAGGAGGUACAGGCUGCUGAGGAGGAAAGCGUGAAAGGGGUCUCGGCUUGCCUCAUGGAAGAGCGGCCCUUUUUAUCAUGGACCAAAGGCCUCUAUUGCAACAUUAGCUGCCGCUACACCGUAGCCCACAUUUUACCCUGUGCCCCACUGUGACGUGGCUUGAGGCUGUGAUCCCAGGAGCCAUGGGAGACUAGCCCACUAAGUAGUAAUAAUCAACCCAAGCUGGAGAUUGUGCUGGUAUUUCAGCUCGUGCUGGAGAUAUAAAUGUACUGCCAUGCCAACUCAGUGAUCCAACCCCCACGCUGCGUGACCCUGACUGGACUGUAAGUCUCCAAACGCCGUCCCAGUUCUAAGAGAUCUUUUGUUUUUUUUAAAAAUAACGGGGGUGUUUGAGCAUUGUAGGGGCUAAUAUAAAACCCCAGAGCUGAUUGCAGUUGGGAGCUGGGAUGGGCAUAGCUGGCCGGGGGUUCACAUCUACCAUUAUAGCGAUGGCAAGGACGUUGGGGUCCACUUCUUUCUCCAGGGAACUAUACAGCAAUAACGUGCCAGGGCCUCUUCUGAUAACUCCAUUGUUUCUGACCUUUCAUCCCUCCACAAAAAUCCAGUUUUGAAAGCAGGUCCCCCCCUGCUUUCUCUUGUGUAACAACCUUUAUUCCUUCGGAAUAUGACAACCUCCCUUCUGAGUGUUGAUGACCGUGACUCCAGUGCAACCAUAAUCCUUUGACUUAGGGCUGGCAAAUGUUUUAAAUUGGACUCAAACCAUCGAGUUUGAGAUACAAAUGCCGGCGGGGGAAGCAUGAAUGCUAGAUCCUUGACCAGGCGUGAGAGAGUUCUAGAUGGCCUUGGCUGGAUACCGGAGACCUUUUGCAGUUUGGGCUGCUAUGUAGCUCUUCUGGUGGAAGGCAUGGGCCGUGAUCCAAAGAAGGAAUAAACUGCAUGGAAUUGAGAGUAUAGAUUGCUGUUUUCAACACAGCUGUUUCUACUGCAGAAGAGACAAGCCGCUUAAAAUUGAAUGGUGGCUGAUCUCUUCUGCAGUGGGUUGAAAAUGGCAGCGUUCUGCCAACUGUACUUGCAAUACUUUCCCUCACUGACUUUGCGGAUAUAGGGCAAUUUGUGAACAUCAGAUUGCUUUGCCAGAUCAUGCCAGGGUCUAUCGUCGUUUGGAUACCUGGCUUGUGAGGUUCCUUAGGCAAGUGAUACUGCCUGGAGAUGGGGUGCUGGUCUUGGUGGUCUGUGCUAUGAUCCUAGAAGCCAGGUCUUUAUUACCAAACCUCUCAUUUUAGUGUCCUUAUGUCUAACAAUGACUGUGUUGGCUCAUCUCCAAGCGGGAGAUCUGUUAGUCUACCGUUUUCAAGUUGGGCUUCUCAUCUCCUGUCUUGCUUCUCUGUAUUUAAGGAUCGUUUUCCAAGAAAAUGGAAGUUUCUAGGUUUUAAGUUGUGAUUUAAUAAAAAGAAACCUUGAGGAUGACAGAAA